AUGUCUGAACAAGCAGGUCACUUCUCUUUUCCCAAGGAGGAAGAGAAGAUCCUUGCAUUUUGGAAUGAGAUCGAUGCUUUCCAUACAUCUAUGAAGCUAACGGAGGACAAGCCCGAAUUUUCUUUCUUCGAUGGCCCUCCAUUUGCCACUGGUACACCCCACUAUGGUCACAUUUUGACUUCUACUGUAAAGGAUAUUGUUCCUAGAUAUGCUACGAUGAAUGGUUACCACGUUGAAAGAAGAUUUGGUUGGGAUACUCACGGGUUACCAAUUGAACAUAUCAUCGACAAGAAGCUGGGUAUUACCUGCAAGGAAGAUGUAUACAAAAUGGGCAUUGAGAACUACAACAAUGAGUGUAGAAACAUUGUCAUGACUUAUGCCAAUGAGUGGAGAAAGACCAUUGGACGUGUAGGCCGUUGGAUUGACUUUGAUAACGAUUACAAGACUAUGUACCCAUCUUUCAUGGAGUCUACAUGGUGGGCCUUCAAGCAAUUAUUCGAGAAGGGUCAAGUCUACCGUGGUUUCAGAGUUAUGCCUUAUUCUACCGGCUGUACCACCCCAUUGAGUAACUUUGAGGCUCAACAAAACUAUAAGGACGUCAAUGACCCAGCUGUUACUAUUGCUUUCAAGGUUGCGGGUGAAGAAAAGACCUACUUAGUCGCUUGGACAACCACUCCAUGGACCCUCCCAUCUAAUCUUUCCUUGUGUGUCAACCCAGAGUUCGAAUACGUUAAGAUCUACGACGAAAAGAAAGACAAAUACUUCAUUCUUCUUGAAUCGUUAAUUAAAACUUUGUACAAGAAACCUGCAAACGAAAAGUUUAAAGUAGUGGAAAAAAUUGCCGGUAAAGAUUUGAUUGGUGUCAAGUAUGAGCCAUUGUUCCCAUACUUCGCUGAAGAAUAUGGCAGCAAAGCUUUCAGAGUUAUUGGUGGUUCUUACGUCACUAGUGAUUCUGGUACUGGUAUUGUUCACAACGCUCCAGCGUUUGGUGAAGAGGAUUACACUGCUUGUCUAGAAAAUGGUAUUUUUACCGAAGAUGAUGAAGUUGCCAAUCCCGUAGACGACGCCGGUAAGUUCACUUCGAGGGUUACUGACUUUGCUAACCUAUACGUGAAGGAUGCUGAUAAAGAAAUUAUAAAAUACUUGACUGCAAGUGGUAACUUGCUCUUAGCAACUCAAAUUCGCCACAGUUAUCCAUUCUGUUGGAGAUCUGAUACCCCAUUGCUGUACAGAACUGUUCCUGCUUGGUUUGUCAGGGUAAAGCCAAUUAUUCCAGAGUUUCUAGCUUCCGUCGAAAAAUCUAACUGGGUUCCAAACACUAUAAAGGAAAAGAGAUUUGCCAACUGGAUCUCUAACGCUCGUGACUGGAACGUCUCAAGAAACAGAUACUGGGGAACUCCACUCCCAUUGUGGGUUUCCGAUGACUAUGAAGAAAUUGUUUGUGUUGGAUCGAUCAAAGAACUUGAAGAAUUGUCUGGUGUUAAGGGCAUCAAAGAUUUACACCGUGACACCGUUGACAAAAUCACCAUUCCUUCUAAACAGGGUAAAGGUGACUUGAAGAGAAUUGAAGAGGUCUUUGAUUGUUGGUUUGAAUCGGGCUCCAUGCCUUAUGCCUCUCAACACUAUCCCUUCGAGAAUACCGAAAAGUUCAAGCACAGAGUCCCUGCUAAUUUCAUCUCAGAAGGUUUGGAUCAGACAAGAGGUUGGUUCUACACCUUGGGUGUUUUGGGUACUCAACUCUUUGGUGAAGUACCAUACCAAAACGUUAUCGUUUGCGGUAUCGUGUUGGCCGCUGAUGGUAGGAAAAUGUCGAAGAGUUUGAAGAACUACCCUGAUCCAAACUUGGUAUUGGAAAAGUUUGGUGCUGAUGCUUUAAGACUGUACUUGAUCAACUCACCUGUUCUAAAGGCAGAAAGUUUGAAGUUCAAGGAAGAAGGUGUAAAGGAAGUUGUUUCUAAGGUGCUACUCCCAUGGUGGAACUCCUUCAAAUUUCUGGAAGGACAAAUUGCCUUAUUAAAGAAGACUUCAGACAUUGAUUUCAAAUACGAUCCACAUUUGAAGAGUGAGAAUGUCAUGGACAGAUGGAUACUAGCUUCUUUGCAAACUCUGGUGAAAAACAUUCAUUCUGAAAUGACUGCUUACAAAUUGUAUGCUGUUGUUCCAAGACUAUUGGACUUCAUCGAUCAAUUGACAAACUGGUACAUCCGUUUUAACCGUCGUCGUUUGAAGGGUGAGAACGGUGUCGAAGACUGUAAAAAAGCUUUGAACUCUCUUUUCGAUUCUUUAUUUACAUUUGUUUGUGCAAUGGCACCUUUCACUCCUUUCUUAUCUGACAACAUCUAUUUGAGAUUGAAGGAAUACAUUCCAGAGCAAACAUUGUCCCAAUACACAAAAGACAGCAGAUCAGUACAUUUCUUGUCUUACCCUGUAGUGAAUGAGGAAUUCUUCGACGAGGAUGUUGAAAGAACAAUGAAGAGGAUGCAAGCCGUUAUCGAACUUGGUAGAAAUAUUCGUGAAAAGAAGAUGAUUUCUUUGAAGACUCCUUUGAAGAGCCUGGUCAUCUUGCAUCACGAUGAGACAUACUUAAAUGACGUGAAGUCUUUACAAUCGUACAUUGUUGAAGAAUUGAACGUCCGCGAUAUCAUCAUUUCUUCCGACGAAGCCAAGUAUGGUGUGCUGUAUAAGGCAGUUGCUGAUUGGCCAGUAUUGGGUAAGAAGUUAAAGAAGGACGCUAAGAAAGUGAAGGAUGCUCUUCCAUCUUUGAGCUCCGAAGACGUCCAGAAAUACGUGGAAACUGGCUCUAUUGAAGUCGCUGGUAUUAAUUUGGUGAAGGGUGAUCUUGCUGUGGUCAAGGCUCUACCUGAAGAACUAGUUGAAAGCGGUCUUGAAGCAAGAACUGACCAGGAUGUCUUGAUCAUUUUGGAUACAAAGAUUUAUCCUGAAUUGAAGACGGAAGGUCUGGCCAGAGAAUUGAUCAACAGAAUCCAAAAGUUGAGAAAGAAGUGUGGUCUAGCCGCCACCGACGACGUUCUGGUUCAAUACGACUUAGUCAAGGACACCAUCGAUUUCGACGAAAUUGUCGAAAAACACUCUGAUAUGCUGGAGAAGACAUGCAGAUCGGAAAUCACCAAGUUUGACGGUUCAAGAACUGGGGAAAUCGCUGAUGAAGAGCAAUCUAUCAAUGAUACCAUCUUUAAGCUUAAGGUUUUCAAACUAUGA